AUGUAUAUUAUCUGGUAUCUGCCGCGUGGGUGGAGAGAGGUCAAGGUUGUUUUCAUACCAAAGGCCGGUAAGGCCAGCCACUCGAAACCAAAGGAUUUUAGACCUAUUAGCCUAUCGUCUUUUCUUUUGAAGACAUUAGAACGACUGAUAGAUCUACAUCUAAGGAGCAAUAUAGAUACCCAUCUCAUUAGCAACGCUCAACAUGCCUACCUCAAGGGUAAAUCCGUUGAGAGUGCGCUUCAUGAAGUGGUCGGUUGUAUAGAGCACAGUCUGAAGCAUAGGGAAUAUACUUUGGCUGCGUUUCUUGAUAUAGAAGGUGCCUUUAACAACAUCAGGAUAGAGGCAAUUAGGAACUCGUUAGUAGAACUUGGGGUCGACGACUUUCUAGUGAGUUGGAUAAUCUUAAUGCUGGAAAGCAGGAUUAUCAAUUCAACCCUAGGGGACGAUGUGAUCAGAAGACGGGUUACCAGAGGUACACCACAAGGUGGAGUUCUUUCUCCUCUACUGUGGUUACUGGCGGUUAAUCCUAUUCUCAGGACCUUCGAAUCUAAGGGUAGGAAGAUAGUCGCCUAUGCGGAUGACGUGGUGAUCCUGAUUAAGGGAAAAUUUCUCUCAACUAUCAGUGACAUCAUGCAGGAGUCGCUUAGCGAUCUCUCAUCCUGGGCAAAGACUAACGGGCUGGGUGUAAACCCAUCAAAGACAGAAUUGGUGUUGUUUACUAGGAAGUAUAAGGUAGAGAACUUCAAAUUGCCGAAACUAGACGGCGUCGAGCUGAGUUUAUCAGGGGGAGCCAAGUAUUUAGGAACCUUCCUUGACAAUAAACUGUCAUGGAAAAUAAAUACGCAGGAAAGAUUGAAAAGGGGCCUUAAUGCCUACUAUACAUGUAGGAACUCAAUUGGCAAAAACUGGGGCUUGCGACCGAGUAUGGUUAAUUGGAUCUACACUUCUGUUGUUAGACCUAUUAUUACUUAUGGCUGCACAGUGUGGUGGGAGGCAAUGAGGAAACGUAGCUACAGGGCUAUACUCAACAAGGCUCAAAGAUGUGCAUGUCUGAGUAUCACAGGUGCCCUAGGCAGCACCCCGCAGGCGGCGUUGGAUAUAAUCCUGAAUCUACUACCCAUUGAGAUAUAUGUUGAAAGUGUGGCAGCAAGGAACUUACUCAGACUAUCUGAGUCUUCCUUAGUGAAGUCCUUGCGGAUGGGACACACUAUGAUACUGUAUGAAGCAGGUCUUGUUAGUCAGGGCAUUACUCCAUCUGGAAUCUCUGACUAUAAGGUCGCAACCUUCAGCUUUGGUGCUUCACCCCCAGUAGAAUUCCCCACUAGGGAUAAGUGGGCUGGAUCCGAUCAACUGUUUGAUGGGUGCGCAGUUUUCACAGACGGUUCCAAAAUGGAUUCUGGUACGGGGGCCGGGGUAUAUUUGGUCGACCAAGACAUCAAGCGCUCAUAUAGACUCCCUAACGAGUGUAGCGUCUUCCAGGCAGAGAUCUUCGCGAUCUGGAAAGCCACAGAGUUGAUAGGGACACACAUAAAUAGGGGGUCUUCAGUGACAAUAUAUGUAGACAGUCAGGCAGCACUGAAGGCCUUGGAAUGUCAUUUAAUACACUCCAACCUAGUAGAGGACUGUAGGAGAGCUCUGGAGGAGCUAUUGGCACAUUACUCAGUGAGAUUGUGUUGGGUGCCAGGGCACUGUGAUAUACAGGGUAACGAGGUAGCAGAUGAACUUGCUAGACAUGGUUCCGAUUUGGACCAUGACACUAGGGAACGGGCUGUUAGACCACCCAUUUGUCACUACUACAGGGUAAUCUACGAAAGAUUCCGGGACUGCACGAAUCGAUCCUGGUGCAGUAGAACAGAUUGCAAAGUGUCCAGGGCCUUAUGGCCAAGACUGAAUGCGAACGCGACUGGGACACUGUUAGAGUUGGAUAGGUACGAUCUCAGGAUUCUAGUAGGAGUGAUAACCGGUCACUGCUCAAUUGGAGCCUUUAAGGGAAAGUGGGAUACCGACACACAGGACUUCUGUAGAGUAUGUGGGGAUGCAGAGGAGAUAGAGACAGUAGAGCACAUUAUGUGCAACUGCCCUAUGCUACAGGGUCAUAGACUUAAAUGGCUAGGAAAUAGAUUUCUGGAUGAACUUGGUAAUGUUGCUGGCUGCAAACUAAGCAACAUACUAGGUUUCAUUAAGGGAAUAGGGUGGCUAUUUAAGGGACGUUCUACGGCAGGUCCAAAUCCGUGA